AGGUAAUUAAAACCAACCCGAAGCUCCUUUAAUCUCUGCUCUAAAGGUAGCCCCGAUUAUUGCUGACUUAAGCAUCGGAGUGUCUACCCCGAGAUCCAUCUCGGGGCUUUGCAGGUCAAUCCAAAGAGCAGACGUGGACUGAAGAAGGACUUUUGGUUUGGUACAAUUACAUUUGGCGCCGUCUGUGGGAAUCCAAACUGAAAGCUCCCUUGUUUCUCUUAUCAUGGUUAAUACUCGGUCAGUCCGAGCUGGAAACUCAUCUCAGCCUCUUGGACGAGGUCAGGUCCCCAACAACCUCCCACCUCAGCUUCCACCUCCAAUCCCCAAUAUGUUCUCUCCUGUUGAUCAUGCAGAAGGAGGAGAUGAAAACCAACCUCAUAACUCAGCUCACAACUCAAUUUCCACCGCCAACCAAGAUGUAGUUGCAACUCAGCUUACUGCCAUGCAACAACAGUUUGGUGUUUUUCAGUUAGUAUUGGCUCAGCUCUUAGCUCGGAACAACCCUGGUGAUCCCCUCAUAAAUCUACUUAACCCUGCUCCACAACCCCCAGCUCCACAACAAAACCCUGAACCAGUUCAGCAUGCUCCUACUCAUAAUGAAUCUCAAGGUCAAUCUCAUGUAGCACCAGCUCAGCAACCCCUUCAUGAUGAUGUCACUCGACGUUUAAACAGCUUAGAAAAGCUAGUGGCUGAACAGCGAGGUGUCCCACCUCCAUACCACACUACUAACUCCAUACCUCAUCCUCUGAACACCAACAUCACACUGGAACCCUACCCCGCUGGCUUCAGGAUACCACAACUUGAAACUUAUGAUGGGACGAAGGAUCCCGAUGAUCAUCUACAUGCUUUCUACUCUUGCAUGCAAGCCCAAAACGCCUCUAACAUGUUGAUGUGCAAAAUCUUUCCCUCUACUCUCCAAGGUAAUGCUCGAACCUGUAGAAGGUUGAUCAAGAAAACUACUUUUGAGUUGAUGCGAGUUAAACAAAGGGAUGGAGAAUCUCUGAAGAACUAUAUAAGUAGAUUCAAUGAUACAGUAUUGGAGGUUAGUUCCUUCGACCAGGCCGUGGGGAUUGCAGCUGUGAUCUCAGGUCUUAAACAUGAUAGGUUCCGAGACAGUUUGAUCAAACACCCUGCCACUACCUUUAGUGAGGUGAUUGAUAGGUCCCUGAAAUUUAUAACUGCUGAGGAAUAUGCCCUGGCGCAGAACCCAACCCCCUCUAAGAACCAAAACCCCGAUUGGAGAGAUGAGAACCUGAGCAGGAAAUGGAUGAGAAUAGCACAGAACCGAGAUCCGGUGUCAACCUCCACACCGAGAUUUGGAAGACCGAACUCAGCGCCCCCACAACAGCCUGCAGGUAGAGCUCCAAUUACUUGGACCCCUUUUAACCUACCAAGAUCACAGUCAUACAACAGAGCAAUGCAACAGUCUGAGGGACAACAGCCUCAAGGACUCCGUAAUCCACCAAACAAGCAAGGAGUGGGAUAUCAACAAGCCCCACCUCCUCUUCCACCACCAGCCAAAAUUAUACACAUUAUUACAAGAGGAUUGGAAGCAAGGGGGAUGAGCUCCAAGCAAAGGAAGUUGUAUGUCAGAGAGGUCAAGCACCAGAAUCGAGCUCAAAAGAGGAAAAUUGAUGAUGCUGACUGGAAAGAACAACCGACCACUUUUACACCUGCUGAUUUUGAAGGGGUGGUAACACCUGACAAUGAUCCUUUGGUCAUCUCUGUAAUGAUCAACAAUUGUCAAGUCCAGCAUAUACUUGUUGACACUAGCAGCGCACCUGACAUCAUUUCCAGUCGAAGGGGUCCUAACCAUGAACGUUGCAUUUGGAAGCGGCUGAACCUAUAUGACCCCUUCCAUUCGGUUUCUGGUGGUCAAGAUGCCUUCCUCUUGCAAUGUUGUCAUUGGCAGGCAAACAUUAACAGAGAUCCGAGCUGUGGUCUCUCAAUCUCAUCUUUGCAUGAAAUUUCCAACCCCCAUGGGCAUAGCAACACUCAGAGGCAAUCAGGAAGUAGCCAGACAUUGUUACCUCACUUCGGUCACGAGGCCACAGAAAAACAAGGACCAACCAGUCGAAAUAAAGAUAUUGAAGAGGUACAGAUUGAUGACAGAGAUUUGACCAGGAAAACACAGAUAGGAACUCGGCUGAGCCCCGAGGAGAAAACAGAGCUGAUAGCCUUUCUCCGAACUAACAAAGAUGUUUUUGCAUGGACCUCAGCAGAUAUGUCGGGAAUUCUCACUUCGGUUUCUCAACAUAAACUUAGCACCAAUCCACUCAAGAAACCAGUAGCCCAGAAGCGGCGCCUCUUCAGGGGGGAGAGGCUAAAGGUCAUCAAAGAAGAAGUUGAAAAACUCUUACAAGUUGGCUUCGUUAGACGGGUCGAUUAUUGUGAAUGGGUCGCCAAUCCUGUGUUGGUGAAGAAAGCAAAUGGAAAAUGGCAAAUGGCGGAUGUUCCAAUGGCUUUUGAGGAUGAAGAAAAAACCUCGUUCUAUGCCGGUGAUGAAAUCUAUUGCUAUGUGAUGAUGCCCUUCAGCUUGAAGAACGCAUGUGCCACUUACCAGAAGAUGGUUACCAUCGUAUUCCGAGCUCAAAUAGGCCGAAAUCUGGAAGUUUAUGUUGAUGAUAUAGUGGUGAAAAGUUUGAAAGCUGGAGAUCACUUAACCGACCUCAAUGAGACAUUCAACAAUCUCAGAAAGAACAGAAUGAGGCUGAAUCUAGCAAAGUGCAUCUUCGGCGUGGAGUUGGGAAAAUUUCUAGGCUUCAUGGUGCCAAAAAGGGGGAUUGAGGUUAACCCCGAGAAGAUCAAAGCAGUAGUCGAGAUGGAACCACCGAAGUCGAUAAAAGAUGUACAGCGGUUGACAGGGAGAGUGGCAGCUCUUCAUAGAUAUUCUAUUGCUGAGAAAGCAGCCUUAGCAAUUGUCACUUCGGCCAGGAAACUGAGACCAUAUUUCCAAUCACACCCGAUCAUAGUUCUCAUGGAUCAACCCCUCAAACAAAUCUUACAGAAGCCAGAAUGCUCAGGAAGAUUGAUCAAAUGGGCAGUUGAACUGGGAGAAUUUGAGAUAACAUUCCAGCAGAGGUCAGCAAUACAAGCUCAGGCUCUUACAGAUUUCAUAGUAGAAUGCACCUCGGCCCACUCUGGUUCCCAGUCUGAGCUGGACAGCUGGAUUCUGUAUGUAGAUGGAGCAUCAAGUCAUAAAGGUUUUGGCGCUGGUGCAAUCCUACUUGGCCCAGAUGGGUACAGAAGUGAACAUGCUCUAAAAUUUAAUUUUGAUGCCACCAACAAUAUGGCUGAGUAUGAGGCUCUGUUACUUGGCUUACAGUUGGUAGUAAAACUGAAGGUUGCAAUGAUACAAAUAUACAGUGAUUCACAACUAGUAGUCAAUCAGAAAUUCCAUUUGAGCAAAAUGCCCCGAGCUAAAAAUGAACAAGCAGAUUCCCUCUCCAAAUUUGCUUCUGAUGGCAACCGAAGCUCCAGAUCGGUCUUUGUCAAAAUUCUAGACGAGCCUAGCUUCUCAAAGCCAAGAAUGAUGGAGAUCAGCACAGAUCCUAACACACUGAGUUGGACAAAUCCAAUUAUCUCAUUUCUACGAGAUGGUACAGUGCCUGCAGAUAAACAGGAAGAAAUGAGGUUGAGGAAGAAAGCAUCUCGGUAUACCCUUGUUAAUGACGUCCUUUACAAGAGAUCUUUCUCACUCCCUCUACUUCGCUGCCUGAGCCCUUACGAGGUUGAAUACGCACUUCGGGAGGUGCAUGAAGGUGUCUGCGGAAGUCACAUUGGUGCUCGAACUUUGGCCCAUAAAGUCCUUAGACAAGAAUAUUACUGGCCCAACAUGUGUAAAGAUGCCACUAAAUUCGUACAGAGGUGUCAGAAAUGUCAGUUCUUUGCACAUCUAAUUCACCAAGCAGCAAAAGAGCUCACUACUCUAAUAGCACCUUGGCCUUUUGCUCAGUGGGGGCUUGACCUUUUAGCUCGCCCGUUAUCCAAUCUCACCUCCAAGAAGGUCAAAGACUUUGUUUUCAGCUCAAUCAUCUGCAGAUAUGGGAUCCCGAAUCAGAUUGUGGCUGAUAAUGGAACUCAGUUCAACUGCUCCUCUUUUAGAGAUUUCUGCUCUAGUUAUGAGAUCAAAUUGCGGUUCACCUCGGUAUACCACCCAAAAUCCAAUGGGAUGGUAGAAUCUGUCAACAAGGUUAUACUCGAGGGGAUAAAACCAAGGUUAGAGCUGCACAAGGCCAAGUGGGCAAAUGAGCUCAAUAACGUCCUCUGGGCAUACAAAACCAUGAGCCAAACUACCAUAGGUGAAACACCUUACCACCUGGCCUUUGGUACCGAAGAAGUCAUUCCUAUCGAGAUAGGAGUCCCAAGCUUCAGGGUCACCCAUUUCGAUGAAAGACGAAAUGGAAAAUUGUUUCAGGAGAACCUUGAUCUGCUUGAUGAAGUCAAGGAAGAAGCACGGCUUCGAACUCUUGUAUACAAGCAGAAAAUAGCCAACUUCUACAACAAACGAGUUCGAGCCCGAACAUUCAAAGUAGGAGACCUUGUUCUCAGGAAAGCUGGUCUAACGAGGUUCAAGACUCGAUUCGGAAAAUUAGCACCAAACUAGGAAGGCCCCUACGCUGUAGCCGAAGUGUCGCACCCAAGUGCUUAUAUCCUACGGGACACUGAAGGCAAAAGGGUUCGGGACACUGAAGGCAAAAGGGUUCCUAGAGUCUGGAAUGUCAAUAACUUGAAGAAAUUUUACCCUUAAUACACCUCUUUCUAGUAAACUUUGUCUUAUUUU